GGUCUGUCUAUUGAUUGGAAGCAUCAAUGGAUUUUGUACAGGUCUGCCUUGCCUGGCGCUAUAGCAGCCUUCCACGCUGUCUCACUCUCGCCUUGCAGGACAGUGGCAGUGGUAAUAGACCAAUUCCUGUGAUAACCGUUAUCACAAAAUAGAGGAGAUUGUUCUAGGAUAUUGUUCCGCUUCUUGCUGGACAAUUCACUAGGAAAUAUUUAUGUGCAAUGUCUCUUACUGAAUAUUUAUUGGAUGGCUAUUGAAAUUAAAUAUGAAAAGCCGGAAUUGAUUUGGUGCCCAGUGUGAACAGGACAUUUCAAAGGGACUGACCAGUGGGAUAUUACUUUUCAAAGUGGAUUUUAUAAUAUUCUUUAAAACAAAUCUAUGGAUACAACAGUGAGCCUGCUGUCAUAAGCUUGUUGUGCUUGGGGCAAGGUGCUUGUUUCCUAUGAUUGUGACCACUGCUAGUUGGAGGUUAUAGGGAUGUGAUUUCAGGAUGUGCCAAUCAAGACUGGGCGCUAUGGUCUGAGAACUGCUGGAACUUAUUCCAUGACAGCCUAACAGGUGUUGCCGUAGGGACAUAUUGGUUCUGAUUUUAAUAGGAUCCAACUUUGAUAUUUUAGUGACUGUUGGCUAGGACAUCCACUGCAGAGUUUAUCAGACACUGGGAUAUUUCAGAGUGGUGUGGAUAUUGAAAUACUAUAAUAACUGUGCCCAAAUCGUGUGAUAUAUCCAAGGUUGAGCGACAGAUCAUCAUGAUGUACGAUAAACCCAAAGAGGAAGCCCCUGCUGAAGAACGUAUUGAGUUGUUGCCAACAACAGGCCAGGACUCCAUGGCUGCCAGUGUCAACGGGUCCCCCCAGUUUCCCCCCACCCAGAUGAAUGGCCAGGCCAAUUACGUUACAGCAGAGGAAGGAAGGACCCAGGUGGCAUAUGCUGGCACCCCCCAGGCGUCUGGCAAGUGGAAGCCAACAUGGUUGGGAGGGUGGACUCGCAUGGAGGUGCUCUUCCUCAUCCUAAGUCUCAUCCUCGCUGUCAUCAUCGUUGUCCUCAUUGUUGUCAUCGUCGCCACAAAUGGAUAUGAUUCAGCCAGCUCUCGCAGCUCUGGUGACUUGUCUCCACAGUCAGCGAAACACAAGAAAUGGCGGUAUACUCCGCAGACGAAAGGAGUGGGUGCCGAUGGUCGUCCGUCGGAUUCAGCCCAGAAAGGGAACCAAGUCGAAGAGCCAAUGAUACCACCUGACCUGACUAUGAAUGAUCUUUGCCUAUCAACUGAUUGUGUAAAAGCAUCUUCUCGUUUGAUUAAUGCGAUGGAUGCUUCUGCUGAUCCCUGUGAAGACUUUUUUCAAUACGCUUGCGGCAACUGGAACAAUAUUAAUGUCAUACCAGAUGAUCGUGCAACUUUUAAUACCUUUUCAAAACUCAGAGAUGAAAUCCAAGUAAUGCUGAAAGGUUUGCUGGAAGAACCGGUGACAGACAAGGACAGUGCAGCUACAAGGAAAGCUAAAUAUCUCUACGACUCCUGUGUGAAUGAAACUCAGAUAGAUAUUCAAGGUUUGGGCCCGGUGAAGAGUCUGCUGAAUGAGCUGGGAGGGUGGCCGGUGGUGCUGGACUCGGAGUGGAAGGAGGAGGACCAUGACAUGCUGGACCUGAUCCUGAAGCUCCGUCUGUACAACAACAAGGUGCUCAUAGACCAGUGGAUCAGUGCUGAUGACAAGAACUCCCAAGUCAAUAUCAUACAGCUGGACCAACCAGAUCUUGGCAUGCCGUCUCGGGACUACUACUUGAAAGGUCGGGACGACCCGUCUGUUCUGGCAUAUGAGAAGUAUGCUCGAGAUGUGGCCAUCAUGUUUGGUGCUAACGAGACAGUUGCUGAGAGUGAUAUCUCCAAAAUCAUAGACUUCGAAACAGAACUAGCUAAUAUUACAAUCCCCCAGGACCAGCGCCGAGACAACGAACAGUUGUACAACAGGAUGACAAUCGCUGAACUACAGCAGAGAGUCCCUGGGUUUGACUGGUUGAGAUACUUAUCCGUGAUAUUUGGUCACGUCAACAUUGCCAUCGACACCGUAGAAGAGGUUGUAGUGUACGCCCCUGACUACCUGGAGAACAUGGUAAAGAUUCUGCACCGAUGGGACAAGAGAGUGAUAUUCAACUAUCUGGUGUGGCGUAUCAUGAUGAACCGGGUGACCAACCUGCCGGACAAGUACAGGAACGUCCGCAAAGAUUACUACAAGAAAAUUCUGGGCUCAGAGACAGAAAGAGCAAGAUGGCGUGACUGUGCCACCUACGUCAAUGACAACAUGGGCAAUGCUGUCGGCAGGUUGUUUGUAGAGAAACAUUUUGAUGAAGAUGCUAAAAGUAUAGCCCUGGAGAUGAUCCAUAACAUCCGUUAUUCCUUCUACCACGUGCUGGAGGAAGCUGACUGGAUGGAUGAAACAACUAGAGUUGUUGCUCGCGAAAAGGCGGAUGCUAUUGCUGAGAAGAUUGGCUACCCAGAGUUCAUCCUGAAGGACCCAGCAUUGGACAAGGAAUACGCUGAUGUGGAGUUUUACAAAGACCGCUACUUUGAGAAUGUGAUGGCCAACAUCAAGAGCAGAGCACUCACCAACAUUAAAAAACUCAGAGAACCGGUUGACAAGUCUCAAUGGUCCACAACUCCAGUUGUAGUGAAUGCAUUCUACAGUUCAACGAAAAAUCAAAUCAUGAUCCCUGCUGGCAUUCUUCAACCACCAUUCUACAGCAAAGGAUACCCGAAGUCUCUUAACUAUGGUGGCAUUGGUAUGGUGAUUGGACACGAGAUCACGCAUGGCUUUGACGACAGAGGUCGUCAGUUUGACAAGGAUGGCAACCUGAUCCAAUGGUGGGAUGAUCAUGUGAUCGAGAAGUUCAAAGAACGUGCUCAGUGUAUCAUCAAACAGUAUGGAAACUUUACUGUACCACAAGUCAACAUGAAGGUAAAUGGUGUUCAGACUCAAGGGGAGAACAUCGCAGACAAUGGAGGACUGAAGGAAGCCUACACAGCAUACAGGAAGUGGGCAGAGGCCCAGCCGAAAGAGGAGAAGAGGCUGCCAGGGUUGGCCCAUCUGGACCACUUUCAGCUCUUCUUCCUCAACUUUGCUCAGGUGUGGUGCGGCUCUAUGAGGCCUGAGGCAGCCAUCAACAGGAUACGUACUGGAGUGCACAGUCCGGGCAGGUUCAGGGUGAUAGGAACAUUACAAAAUUCACACAGUUUCACAGAAGCCUUCGGCUGCCCUUUGAACUCUAAAAUGAAUCCCCCUCACAAGUGCGCAGUUUGGUGAUUCAAGAUGGCCGACAUUGACGUCUGCCAGAGAAAGAUUUCCAGAGGUUAUUCAGUACCCAGACCUGUUGGACAGCUGAAAAUCGAGGCCAGAAGUCUCAGCAAUGGUUAUGUGCACUUCAGCACCAAAAGAAGGAAGAAUUGGGAUCUGAAUUUGACAGACAGGGCAUGAUCAGAUGCUUGACGGGCAAAUCCCGUUGGAAUCCCAGAGACUGUGAUAUGUACAGCGGUGGUAGACUAGCCUGGUAUACCAGUAGUACAAGAUGACCAGUAGUAAUGGGUGGAUCCUGUUAAUGGCUACAGCUCCGGCAUAAUAUCUGUAUAUUCAUUUUUGUCAUUCAUGUUUUGGUUGACUUUCUUUCAUUAAGACUCUGUGGCAAAGGAAUUUGAUAUAAACCUUUCACUUUGAGAAAACAUGACACAUUUGAAAAAGGAUAUAUAUCAUUAACGGUUGACAAUGUCAAAUUCAGUAGAGUUGUAUAAAUUAGUAACAAUGAAAUUUCCAUUUUGGCUUAUGAAAUAUUUCAUACAAGGCAUAUAUGUCAUAUAUGUUGGUAUCAAAUCUACAGUAUUUCAAUGCACAUGGCAUAUCAGAUAUCAUACAUUAAGUGUAAGAAACAACUCCAGCUGCCAUGAAUGUAGAAGCUUACGUAAUUAAUUAAAAGAUGUAUAUCUAUACUUUUUCAAAUCUGUAAGCAUGUCAUUUUGUUAAUGAAAAUGACAUUAUUGACACUAUUGAGAAAGUUAUUUAUUUUCACUGCUUUUUCUCUAAUAUUUUCAAAUCAUGUUAUGUUAUUCAAGUUUUAGUAACCAUGACUACCUUCAUUCUUGUUGUAGUUACAUUAUCAUUAUUUACAUCAAGAAUUGGAGUUUUUUUAUAUCUGAUGUUACAUUACUCAAAUCUCAAACUUCAGUUACCGUAUAGCAUACACUACAAUAAACACUGAAAUGGACCACUGGUAUUUCUUCUCCACUGAUAUUGAAAAUAGAAUCAUGUUACAAACAUACAUUCAACAGAACCCUGACAUUUUUCAUUCCCUUAUUUUACGUACUGUCCUUGACAUAUUGACCAAACAAAUCUUAAAAAAUCCAUAGAAUUGAUCUAUCCUGAAAAGUGACAAACAAUCAUAGAAUUAGCUUAAUUAAUUCUGAACAAUUUAAUUAUAGUGAAAUUAUUGAAAAAAAUGGCUAACAUAUUGAACAAAUAGCAGGCAUGUCUCAUGUGUACAUAAACACCUUAAAUUGAAGUUUGGAAUUAAACACAGAACUCUUAGUCCAGAGAUGGACAUGGUGUCCACAAGACCACUUGCAUGGAACCACUCAUUCAAACUCUGAUACACACACAUAUAUACAUAUGACAUUUGAAAAAUAUCCACACAGUGAAGGAAAGAAACAUUUAACUAACUUUUCAAUACCUUGGAUUUGCUGUUAUUUUUUUAGUCCAUUAUUUUCAUCUAUUUUUCUAUAUUUUUAUUAUAGAGUAGUAGGUACAUUAGAAUGGAGAUUUGUACCAUGAUUGAAUGGCACUGGCAGAGACGUGUAUGUCUCAUGACAACCAUGUUGGUUCUACUGGAACUGCGGCAUAAUUUGAGCUGUUCAUAUUAGUGUCAGUGUCCGUCAAUGGCAUGAACGGCACAUCAACUUUUCAUAUUACUCAUAGCAUUAUGAGAACUUUGUUGUUACAAAUGCAUAAGGAAUUAACCUGUUUGGAUGGAAGAACAGAAUUUGAGUUUGCAGGGAGAUUUGAGCUUACCUAAAACACCAUGAAUAUCAUGUUACAAAUCAAGCAGUAUACAGAUUUCAAAAAUUCAAUUGUUGAAAACAUGUUUUCGAAAUUUUUUGCAUUAAACUUUCAUACACAUUUUCGUAAUAAAAUCAAUUUUCAAUAUGAUUUAAAGCCCCAUUAAAAUCACUUUGGAACUUACCCAAGGAAAAAGGUGACGUCACAAGGUUCAAUACAUGACAACAAAAGGUGUGCUGUUCUUGUAAAUGUUUUGCUUUAAAUUUUCAUAUACAUUUUCGUAAUAAAAUCAAUUAUCAAUAUGAUUUAAAGCCCCAUUAAAAUCACUUUGGAACUUAUCCAAGGAAAAAGGUGAUGUCACAAGGUUCAAUACAUGACAACAAAAGGUGUGCUGUUCUUGUAAAGCAUGUAUUUGGAGAUGUGACCAUGUUACACCAUGACACAGUUGUACUAACCUCUUGCUGGAUGAUGCUUUCAUAUAUGGCCAACAUAUACUCAAGGAAACAAAUAAAGCAACACAUGAAAGGAUAUGUGUUCCUUUAUGCUUUUCUCCCAGAAUGCAAUACAAAACAUGCAAAGAAACUUGGAAAAGAAUAUAGGAACACUUUUGCUUUCAUGUGUUCCCUUAUUUGUUUCCAUGAGUAUAUCAAUACUUGUGUGUCAGGCAACAUGGCACAUAGAUAUGGGUUGGUAGGUACCUUAUUAGAAUAUUUUAAAAACUGCUUAACAUGGAUGAAUAUUUUGGAAAAUUUAUACCAAUGUUUCUUAAAGUUAUAGCUCUACAGCAAUGAUAACAUAUGGGAACAUGCCAUUUUAUUAUUAUGUGAAACAUAAAUUUCUUGACGGGCAGGUAAAAACACUAGAUUGGUCAGGUUGCCUGAUACACAAAUUGUUUGGAGGGCUUGAGAUAUUCAUGGCAGUUGAAACACGUAAUAUGCAUUUGGUACUUUUAUGGAGUGCAAUAUUUUUUUAACGUUACUGUUUUGAAGUCCUGUCAUUGUCUCUUUCACAUAGAUGUGGUGAUGUUCAUGUUGCACAGUCAUUCAUUGUUCAAACAAUCGGUUACCAUGACAACUGGAAUAUUUUGUGAUCAUUAGUUGAUCCUUCUUUCAGGAUCCUUCUAUUCUGGAUCAUAAUACAGAAUGUUGUGACCCGAUGACAUACAUAAACUAAGUACCAUAUUUGCAGUAUUAAGUCCCUGCCUUCAAUAAGCAUCCAUGACCAAUUUUUGACCAAUGUGAUCCUCAUAUGAGCCUUCACUAAGACUGAAAAUUCUUUACCUGUCUAUAUUACAUACUCUUUCAGGAAACAGCAGCAGAAAAGUGGUAUAUAAUUGUCUAGUAGCUGUCAUCAAAAGGUUCCUCAAAAUUCACCCAGCCUUUAACUAAAAACAAAAUUUAAAUUGAGUGCAUUUUAAUAAUUGCUCAUUUUGUCAGUUUUCUAAGCACCCAGAAGGCUUAUAAUGGUGAAUACUGUAAUAGAACUGUUAAACAGGAAAUAUGUGCUGUUUAGAGGAAAUGCAAUUUGGAAAUGAAUAUAUCUGUUAACAACAUCGAUGACAAGGCCUAUGCACUCACUUGAGAUGGGUGAAUGAGUGAGUUGUGAUGGUGAUCACACAAAUUUCAAAAGUAUUGACUUCAGUUAAAGAAAAUCUUUAGAAGACACUGGAGUGAGUGCACAAACUGUGAAAACGAAAAACUGAGUAUAUCAUAUUGAAUCUGUGACGGACUGCACCAAUUUGUAGGACAAGAUGAUUCACUAACUACAGGUCAACGUCCAUGAUGUUGAACCAGUGACUGACAGAAUGAAUAUUUCUACCUGACAAGGCAUCACACAAAUGUCAGGUCGACCUUCAUGACAUCGAACCUGUGAUAGACAGAAUGAACAUUUGUACCUGACAAGGCAUCACAUGAAUUACAGGUCGACCUUCAUGACGUCGAACCUGUGACAGACAGAAUGAACAUUUCUGCAUGACAAGGCAUCACACAAAUUACAGGUCAACCUUCAUGACGUCGAACCUGUGACAGACAGAAUGAAUGUUUCUGCCUGACAAGGCAUCACACAAAUUACAGGUCGACCUUCAUGACGUCGAACCUGUGACAGACAGAAUGAAUGUUUCUGCCUGACAAGGCAUCACACAAAUUACAGGUCGACCUUCAUGACGUCGAACCUGUGACAGACAGAAUGAAUGUUUCUGCCUGACAAGGCAUCACACAAAUUACAGGUCGACCUUCAUGACGUCGAACCUGUGACAGACAGAAUGAACAUUUCUGAAUGACAGGCAACUGAGUACCUAUCGGUCAAGUUGAAUCAGUGACAGACAGACUGACAGGCAUUUAAUCCCAGAAAUAAAGUUAUCUUAUUUAAAAAAAAUAAAAAAAUAUAUAUACAAAUGAAAUCAAUGAUGGAGAACAAGAACAUCUAGACUUGGCAAAUCCAAUAAAAUAUAUUCUCAAGGGUCUGGGAGACAGUCUGCUGUGACAGACAGUAUGGAAAUGACUGUUAGACUCGGACACUCAAUACCUACAUUACUGAAAGACAUGAGUCUCACUAACUCCAGGUCAACCUACCUAACAUUUUAUUGGACGUUUUUGUAAAACACAUUCAGAAAAGAUAAAUAUUCAUCUUUAGGCCAGACCAAUUUUAUUUCUUGUUUUACAGAUUUUUGUCCUCAGAAAACCUAAAGGCAGGAGGGAAAAAAAAAAUCACUAGUCAAAAUAAUUUUGCUUUUAAAUACUAAAGUAUUUUAUUUUUGGCAAUUUAUGAAGUUUAUAUGGGGCAAAAAAAAUCCUUCUUAUUCUUGAAAAAAUAUGACCGGCAGAUCCGUAGGAUACGUUAAAAAAGAAAUGAAAUUAGUCUGGCCUUAGUUUAAAUGAAAAUAAUAAACACCACUUGAAAGUGGACAUGCUAAAUUGUUUAUCUGCAUACUACAUUUUUUUUACUAGUGGUCAAACAGUCCAAAGAUAAAUCGAAGGGUCCUGAAUUUGUGUGCAUGCGUGUAUACGUUACGAUAACGAUGGCAUUGGGACGUGUCAAAUUGAGUAGGAGGAGGAAAAUGAUUAAUGAAUUUCUCACAAUGAACUACCCCAGAACAGCUUAUAUCUACUUAAAUUGUUAUAACAAUAAUAUGCUGUAGACAAGAUGUACGUCUACAUUAGCUACUGAUGAACAGAAAUACAAAUGCUAUCACUCACAAUGGUUCUUGUCUGACACAGUUUUAUAUCAAACAAUGUUAUGUUUAGUAUAUUGUAUUUUCUAACAUACAGUGUUUCCAUGUUUGUGUGGAUAUGUAAUAUAUCUAUUACGUGUUUGUCAUAAAUUUUUAACCUUUUCAAAUUUUCUAAUACAUGAUCAUGUAUAAUUUGCACCCCGUAACAUGUAUAGACAUAUAUACAGAUCCUAAAAAGGAACUAUGGGUACUCUGUCUCGGAAUCAUGUAACCAUAGUUACCUUGGAUUCUGUUUUCAGGCCAUAGUAAAGCAUUUAUAUGUUACAUGAUUGCUGCAUUGAAUAAACAAAUGUCUAUCAAUAAAUGUUAAAAAAGUAAAUUUUAUCCCUAAAGAUCAAUUUUACAUUCUGUCAAUUUGAAAACCCUUUUUAAUUGAAGAAAGAUUCAAGAAAAAUUCAGAUUUUCUUUUUAAAAUAUGAUAUCUAUGAAAAAUAGUUAUGUCUAAUGUAUUCUUGAAUUCAUGUCAUAAUUUUUAACCUGAGGUAAUAUUUUGCCUGUUAUUAUAAACAAUGUUAUUUGUACAGAAUUGUAUAAUAUGAUGUAUUUGAAGUUGUCUCAAAAUGUUUGAUUUUCAUUAAAUGUAAUCUUCAAAAAUG